AGUUGCAUUCGUGACUCAAACAGGAGCACAUGUGAGCAGCCGAGUGCUUGGUGUCAGACUAAUCACUUCCUUGAGCGUUAGGAAGUGAUUGCUUUCCGUAGAUGAGGCCUUGAAGUGAGAACACGCUAACAUGGACUGAAAGGGAUUCUCUUUUUAACCAAGAUAUCUUCCCAUUGAAUGAAUGGCCUUCUUUUGCUUUCCUACCUUUGGACAUCCAACGCAAUGGGAUUCGAUGAGAAUCAAUUUGGACAUGCGAGAAAACAAUCCGUGGGCCACUGGAGUUGGAGACUUGGUCAAAAAUUAAAACUUGCCCUGGUUCAUCAUCAUUUCGGAAAAUGGGUAGCCUUGGUCACCAUCCUGGCCGUGUCCGUCGUCAACCAAUGCAGUGCGACUAGUGUUAAUGAGAUUUCUACAAAUCCGGACCCACUCGUGUGUACAACAGACAAAGAGUGCUUGAUGAAAAACAGUUAUUGUGAAUCUGUCCCCCUUUCGAGUGGUAGUGUUGUUGUUGUUGGUGAUGGUGUUGGUAAAAGCGGAGAAUGCCGGUGUCUGAAGCAUUUUUACAAUUACAAGAACAAAGAAUGUUUACCAGGCAAGCUUCUCUCGUUCCCCUGCCAUCUGGAUGCACAAUGCCAAGGGCGAGUGGCUCACAGCCUUUGCGUUCAAGGUCACUGCGCUUGUUCUCGGGGAACCGUGGCCUUUCACAGGCACACUUGUGUCAAAGGAGCCUCUUUAGAAGAGGUGUGUUAUUCUAAUCAACAGUGCCAUUUAGAAGAUCCCAACACUUUCUGUCAAUUCAUAUUAAGGAACGUGUUUGGCCGAUGCAAAUGCGAGUUUGGAACUGAUCCUCGGACUGGGAAAUGCAAGGAGCGCUUCAAAGUUCUGGGCUCCACGUGCUACAUUCCCGGGCCUUGUGAGGGCAUCUCUAAUUCCCUUUGUGUGCCCAACGAUGUUCAAGAGGCCUUUUGCCGAUGUAGGCCUGGGUUCAUUCCCUAUAACGACAGAUCCUGCCUUCCACCCAUAACACUUAAGGGAAUUGGAUCGUUUCGUCCCCGCUCCGUGUCACUGGGCUACCCAUGCGAUUCGGACGCCCAAUGCCAAUCCUCCGAUCUCAGGUCGAUUUGCCAUGAGGGCCUUUGUACGUGCAACUCCACCGUUCAUCGAGACACCCAAUGGAUCAUCACGCGAUUGAGAAGGCGUUUCCCGCGGAGUCGACACUGGUUUUGUAAUCAAAACAGUCCUCGUCUUUGUCCCAGAGGCACUUUCCAGUGUCGCUCAGAUGGACGGUGCAUCUCGCGUUUUUUUGUCUGCGAUGGAAAACCCGAUUGUGACGAUUCAAGUGAUGAGGAAUGUGAAGCCUUCAAUUGUCCCAAAGCCACAUUCCAAUGUACCUACUCCGGGCAAUGUCUAACCACCUCCAAAGUAUGCGAUGGAACAUUGGAUUGCUCUCAGGGUGAAGAUGAAAAAGGAUGCCAAAACGCUACAGCCAUGGACUGUCCCUCAAGCACUUUCCGAUGCCACGACCGAUCCCAAUGCCUCCCAGGAUACGAGCAAUGCAAUUCUCAGAUUGGAUGUUCUGAUGGCUCGGACGAGAUGGAAUGCCAUGGUAACCCCUGGCGAUUAAAUGAGGACUCUCAAGCUCCCAUUGAUCCCACGUGUCCCUUCCGUUGCCGCAAUGGCAAUUGUCGAGCCUUAGAUGUGGUCUGCUCGGGUAAAGACGGAUGUGGUGACGACUCAGAUGAAGACCAAUGCCAGAUUUGCAAAUGUCCACCUUGAUGAGAUGGAGAAUGCUGGAAGAAAGGACCCGAGUGGGUCAUCUAAGUCGUACAAAUGUCGUUAGAAUCCUAUGAAUGAAGAGAAACCAAUAAAGAAGAGUAUUUAUUUA